UAAUUAAGUUAUAUAACAUGGUUCCAGUGUGCUCUAUGAAAAAUGACUUGUGUUUCUUAGAUACCAUAAAAUGCAAUGAAUUUUCAAUAACAUCCUCUGAUUGGUGUACACAAAGCAAUACACUCCUGCCUCUUUUUUAUGUAUUUUUAUUAUUAUUAUUAUUAUUUUAUUUAUGUAUUUUAUUUAUUUUCUCAUUUUAAUCCCAAAUAGGACAAUACAGAGUAACAAUCACUUGUCUAUGCCGGUUAAUAACAGGCAGGUUAAGUUUGAAUAAAAUCACAGGAACACUUUAAAGUGUAGGUCACACAUCCUUUCAUCAUAAUAUAACAUUGUUUCCUCCUCAAAUGGGUAGUUAACAUCUUCAGUAUUAAAGAAAUAUAUCAUGUGUUGGGCUGAUAUUUUUAAUUUAUGGCAAGAAACCUUGCUCAAAUCGAAAAUUCAAAAACUGUCCCAAUCACCCUAAUCUGAAUGGAAAACACAGAUCUUCAAAUGUAUCUACUUCAGAGGGUGAAUUCAGUCUAAUUGGGACAUUGGGACAUCCUAUCUUAUUAAAACACUUAAUCUCAAAUCAGUAGCCUAACUCUUUCAGUAAAUUGAAGAACAAAGGUAAAUGUGGAGCCCUUUGUUCAGUAACCUACUGUACAUUUCCUUUCUUUGAAAAUAUUUGAGUCGUUACUGUGUUUCACAACCCAGCUCACACAACACAUCAGCACAUCACAGCAGACACACUGGAGCAACAUGCCUCUCAACUGCGUCCGCUUCAACCUACAAGACCGUGAAAUAUAUAAACUGGACAUAGCAGGGCAAAAGAAGAAGAAAAUGGAAACUGGCAUAUGAAACAGUUUGUAAACUCGCGCAGGAUAUUUUAGUGAAAUGCAUCAGUUCGGACCAGUCGUGCUGAAAAGCUUCACGGAUUAUGAGCAUUACCUUUUUGACGCAUAUGCUUCUCAGUUCUGUCGGAAUGUUUUCGAGAGGGAAAUGCGAUGUGAAAUAUAAACGACUAGAGAGUGAAUCAGAAGAAAAGCCAUCUAAGAAGAAUAUCUGUGCAUUGAAGAUCUUUUAUUUGUUUUCCUUAUUAUUUUUGUUUAUCUUUAUUGUCUACAUUUAUAUACAAGAUUACUUUAAACAAGCACCUUAUGCCAAACCUAAAGACUCUGGCCUGCCAACUCAUCCUUCCUUACUCACUAAUUUACCAAUCCUCCAAACACCAAACAUCUCCACAUCCUCCAGUCCUCCGUCUGCAAAAGCGUGUGGUGUUCAAGUGAAAGACGGGCCUGUGAUUAAAGUCAGCCACCUUAACACAUACGUGAUUGGCUCUUACAUGGAGCAUCGUUUUGAUGAGAAACAGAUAAAGACGAUUGCCAUUGUUCGUCGAAAUGACCAGGCAACGUUCAGCUGUGUGAUUUGCUGCGACGGGACGACCGUGACAUUAUCAGCUCAAUACUCAAUUCAUAGUGACCACUUUAACUUUAAUUAUGGCACCGCUACCAUCACGUGCACUAUCAAAAGCACAUGUUUGACACCGACGCAUGUUGCAAUCACAGCCAGGGACGUCUCGGGGAGCGUAACAUCCUUCCAACCUAUUAUGAACAGAGACGUUCUAACAACCUUCCCGUAUGAGUUCACAAUCUGCAUCUCUGUCAUGUAUGACUACAAGAGUGUGCUGAAUCUAGUCCAGUCCAUGGAGAUGUUCAGACUGCUUGGUGCUCAAAGGGUGGUGAUAUAUAAAACCAACUGUGAUUCAGACACACAGAAGGUUCUGGACUAUUAUGAGAAUAAAGGUUUUGUGGAGAUCAUUCCGUGGACGAUUAAAAAGCACAUUAAAGUGUCUCGCGGCUGGAAUAUAAAUAAGUCGCCAGGUCAGCUGCAGUACUUUGGGCAACUCCCUGCGCUUAACGACUGCGUUUAUCGUUACAUGUACCAAAGUCGCUACGUGGCUCUACAUGACUUGGAUGAACUCAUUCUACCUUUCAAAGUAAAAACCUGGACGGAGCUGUUGCCUGAGCUUGAGACCAAGUACGGUUCUGAUGUGGGCUUUGAGUUUGAGAAUAACCAGUUCCCGUUCACUGCAAAGGCUCAUGCGGAUUAUGAGCAAGACAAAUGGAAAAACAUACAAGGAGUGAAUAUUUUCAAUUAUAUCGAUCGAGUACCCAACCUCCCUAAUGUUUUCAACAAUUACAAGAUUAUAGUAAAUCCUCGGCUGGUUCUGAAGACUACAGUCCAUGGCCUGCUGGAAAGUGUGAACGGAAGGUCCACGGUCUGGGUGAAUAAUGCCAUCGCUCGCAUGUACCACUUUAAAAACUUUACAUACCCAUCCAACACAAAUCUUGUAAGAGAUGAUCAUCUCUGGGACUAUGCUAAUGAUCUUAUACCGGCUGUUUCUAAAGUUCUACAGGCCUGUGGACUCAUUGAGGCCUAGAUUGUAGAUUCAUAGCGUUUCUACUGGGUGUGUCUCACACAUCCUGAAAAGUGAAGCUGCGGGCUCUUUGAUCGCCCCCUGGUGGCUGGCUGCAGUACAUGUCAUAAACCCCGCCCUCUCCAUGUAAAUGAAUGGGACUUCAGUCAAAAUAAAAAAAUUAAUUACACUUCCAAUACAAUUUUCCCGAAAUAUGGUUUUGAUCACUUAAGGUAGUUGUUAUCACGCUGAUAUAUGUUCAAUUGUUCGUUUUUGUGAUAAGUUUCAUUUUAGCUAGUAAUUGGAUGCUAUAAAAAAACUUAAACAUUUGAAAGGAUACUAUGCCAAAGUUAUUGCUUUCCUUAUUGAAACUGAUUUUUUUAUUUAUUUCUUUUUUCAUGAAUAUAUGGUUGACCUGAAGAAUGAAAGCUAUAUCAUACACUUGGAAAAUUAUGAGCUAUAUCAUGGCUUAUCAACACUAGGGGUGUGACAAUAUACUUAGAUCACGAGAUGAGACAAAAUACAGAUAAUUGGUUUACUAGAAUGAGACAAUUUUAAUGCUAUUUUUAAGAAAUUUUCAAUGACAAAAUAUUUGUCUUUUAAUUACAAAAAGUAAAAAUACAGUUUUAUUUUGAAAUAUUUUAACUAAUCUAUGGCUGUAACUAAUGAUUAUUUUGGUAAUCAAGUAAUCUACUGAUUAUUUUGACAAUUGAGUAAUCUGAUAUUUUUAUUAACACAAACAGACCUAAGUGAAAACCAGGCUGUAGUAUGAUUAUUUAUAUAUACUAAAUGAGGCAAUAAUAAUUGGCUCAAAUAAAAUAUCAAAACCAAGUAAUUACAUGGUUUUAUUGAACAACACAGUUAAAAUACAUAAUGUAAUAUGCCUAUACAUAAUAUCAGGGCCGUAACAACCAUAGACAUCGAGGGGGACAAGUCGAAGAUUGAAAACAUUGAAAGAGCGAGGUAUGGAAGCUGCAAAUCAUUUAAUGUUUGUCAACUGUUUUACGAUAGAAAUGUUAAAUGACCGACAGUUAUAUUCAGUGAAGAAAACUACUCGAAUUUUUUUCCUCAAAUAUGCCCAUUUUGAGAGAGAGGGAGAGAGAGAGAUUACAUGCCUGUGUUAAUGAUCUGCAUCUGUUUGUCUGUCCCUACAAACAAUGAAACUGUGAAUUUAGUUCUACUUAUAGGAAAUAUAUUUUUAUAUUUUUAUAUAUAUAUAUUUUAUAUUAUAUUAAAAUAAAAGUUGCGGGAUAGUGUUGACAA